AUGAGGGGCGGCUGCCGCCUCACCCCUCUCCUCUUCCUGGCGCUGCUGCGCGGGGUGUGUCACGGCAGGGACCCGGCGCCGGGCGCUGUUACCUGCGGCUCGGUGCUCAAGCUGCUGAACACCCGCCACAGCGUGCGGCUCCACUCGCACGAGGUCAAGUACGGCUCCGGAAGCGGGCAACAGUCGGUGACAGGAGUUGAAGCUUCAGAUGAUGCUAACAGUUACUGGCGGAUCCGUGGGAAGAGUGAUGACAGUUGCCAGCGUGGGACACCAGUGAAGUGUGGGCAGGCUAUACGACUUACCCAUGUUAACACGGGAAAAAAUUUGCACACUCAUCACUUCCCAUCACCGCUCUCCAAUAACCAAGAAGUAAGUGCCUUUGGUGAUGAUGGCGAAGGAGAUGACCUUGAUAUAUGGAUUGUGCAAUGCAGUGGGACUUACUGGGAGCGGGAGGAUGCAGUGCGCUUCAAGCACGUAGGAACAGAGGUGUUCCUUUCAAUAACAGGGGAGCAGUAUGGCCACCCCAUUAGAGGCCAACGGGAAGUUCAUGGCAUGCCUGCUGCUAAUCAUCACAACUAUUGGAAAGCAAUGGAGGGAGUCUUCAUCAAACCCAGUAUGGACCCUGCAAAACACGAUGAGCUCUGAAUUGACAGAGGAUCCAAAAUGCUUUGGCUUACUCCAAUGUUCAGAGAUGCUAAUCCUUGGUCUCUUAUAAGUCCUGCCUUGCCUAAGUGACUGACUUUCUGUAUUACUGAAGGGCAUUAGUUCAUUCUAGGAAUGCUGCACUUAUGUGGGGGAAUGGCAACUUCCAGGUUCAGCUAUUGAAAUUUAUUUGACAAAAUCCUUUCUGACUUUUCAGGCUUAAUUGGUGAAACUAAUUCACACAUCUGUUAAUUUUCCUUGUCAUUUGUUUUGCUUGUUACUUUUACUCAAAUUCAAAGGAAAUGGGAGAAGCGAAGUAAUACAUUUGUGUAGUCCAAAGUACAAUAAAACUUUGUGUUUUGUCAUCUUUUUCCAAUUACAAUUAAAUAUUUAGAAAUGGAUUUCUACUUCUUAGAGAAUGUUAUUCGUGAGAUGGAGUAUGUCUAGAAAAGGGAAAAUAAUUCUUCAGCUAAGGUGUUUUUUUGAAUGGCUUGAAGUCAGCUGUUUGGCCUUCCAGAAAAAAAAAUGUGGUCCACCUGAACAUUGCUUCUAAUGUCUUUGAUGAGUUUCAUUGUGUACUGGAUUGGAAGAGUUGGAAAUAUGUUGGAAGUAAGAAGGCCAAGGUUUAGUUGACUCGUUCUCUCCAAGUUGAGAUUUUCUGGUAAUGGUGAUACUGCUUAUUGUCAAAUGCUAAGAUUGCUCUGCCCUGUGAACGUUGUGGUGCAGAAAGCUACUGUUUGUUUAAUUAAUAUUAGACUUUUAUAAAAUGCUGUGUGGUGCAAAGGAACAGUUGAAUUUGGCUUAUGUUGUAUUUAAAUGUCGCUCUGCAAGAUCCAUAUGAGAUUCCAGAUGAAUAAAU